GCUUGACAGCAUAACAAAGUAGACGCCAAUGCAAGGGAAGUACGUUUGAUUUUUAGACAGACGGUUCAAAGCCUACUAAGCAGUUAGAAAAUGGAAAAAUAAUCGCAGCCUUAGCAGUAUCGAUCGGACCGUUGGCAGCCGGCCUGGGGAAGGGUUACUCCAGCCCGGCCAUCGCGAGUCUUCAGGAGCUGCAGAUCCGUCAGCGUGGCAAUUACAGCUCUUUCUCGGUAAACGACCAGCAAGCGAGUUGGAUUGCCAGCCUUUCGUUGCUCGGUGCCCUCUUCGGGGGUAUGUUCGGAGGCGCCGCAAUGCAGUACGGCCGGAAGCGAGUGCUAGCACUGAUGGCUCUCCCGUUUUCGCUGUCCUGGAUUCUGACAGUAUUUGCCAAAUCAGUGGAAACGAUGUUUUUCACUGCCUUCAUCGGAGGUUUCUGCUGUGCCAUCGUGUCCACCGUGACGCAGGUGUACAUCAGUGAAAUCUCAUCGCCGGACAUCCGAGGCUUCCUGAGUGCCAUUCAGAAAAUUGCCGGACAUCUAGGGAUGCUGAUAUCGUACCUGCUCGGGGCGUACCUGGACUGGCGGCAGCUGGCGAUGCUGGUUUCGGUGGCACCGAUUAUGCUCUUCAUAUCUGUGAUCUAUAUACCGGAAACGCCGAGCUUCUUAGUGCUAAGAGGUUGUGACGAGGAAGCUCAUCGAGCACUGCAAUGGCUUCGAGGUCCACACAAAAACGUAGAGAUAGAACUCGACACCAUUCGAUCGAACGUGCGUACGUCGAGAAUUAACCUCCUCAAUCGGAUGUCCACGCUGACCACCACGACGACCGUAACGGCUGCCAGCAACGGGCAACCGCUUCCAUCGCAUCACCAACAGCAACAGCAGCAACAGAAAUCGAUGACGGGUCAAUUGGCUGGAAUAAUCCGUUCCUGGCAGUUGCCACGCAUUUCAUUCGAUGCCGUCGCAACGAACGUGAAAGCCGUCAUGCGCAAUGCCCGCCUAGUGAAGCCUGUCUCCAUCACCUGUGGCCUUAUGAUCUUCCAGCGAUUCACCGGUGCCAAUUCGUUCAACUUCUACGCGGUCACCAUUUUCAGUAAAACAUUCGCCGGUAUGAACCCGCACGGAGCGGCCAUCGCGGUCGGGUUCGUGCAGCUGCUGGCCUCCAUGCUUUCCGGGCUGCUGAUCGACACCGUCGGCCGCAUCCCGCUGCUCAUCGUCAGCAGUGUGUUCAUGUCGCUCGCGCUGGCCAGCUUCGGGUCGUUUGUUUACUACGGUCACACGAACAAACUGCUCGCCACGGCAAACUUCGACCUGGACGCACCGGUCGGCAACAACGACUGGAUCCCGCUGCUGUGCGUGCUGGUGUUUACCGUGGCCUUCUCGCUGGGAAUUUCACCCAUUUCCUGGCUGCUGGUAGGUGAACUGUUUCCGCUGGAGUAUCGAGGCAUUGGUAGCUCGAUUGCUACCAGUUUCAGUUACUUCUGCGCUUUCCUCGGCGUAAAAACGUUCAUGGAUUUUCAGAGUCUCUUCGGUUUGCACGGGACCUUUUGGUUGUACGCGUGCAUCUCCUGUGCGGGACUGUUCUUCGUCAUCAUGGUCGUCCCGGAAACCAAGGGUCGCGACCUGGAAGAAAUGGACCCCAAGUACGUGCGAACGCUGACGAUAAAUCGAUGAGAUAUGGGAACGCACGUAGAGUAUCUAGUAUAGUAUUUAAUGGGCCCUCGCGCUACCUUGCUUUGUCGAUAUUUGCUUAUCUAGCAGCAGCUGUGCGUGGCGUUACAUUUUUUCACUUAUACGAUUGCUUAUUACAUUUAGCGUACAUUGUUCGGGUGCUUAGCAAGGAAAAGUGGCGAGAAUGACGGAGUGAGCGUAAAACAUUUAAAUGUUCCUAAGUAAGUUAGAAAGUGUUUAGCUGACGAAUGCAACUGUGAAAGAUGUUCAAGCUAUAAACGAAAAUCGUUGCUUAAAAUUAUUUUUUUCUAUACAUACUAGAGAAACUUACACGUGUAAAUAUGUUAAAAAAAUUGAAAGGAAAUCGUACUUACGGCAAACAAUUGCAAUUUAAUUAUUAAACUAAACUCAAUUAGAAGAAACCCGCUUUCCACACACACUUACAAUGCAGGUGGUAGUGAUGUGUGCAAGAGCGCGGUCGAGUGAGCUGAAUUUUAAGUUCGAAACUAUUCACUAUUAGGAACAGACAAGAAAAAAAAACACUGUACAUAUAGAUCCGUUAAACGCACAAAGGAGUAUUGAUUAACGAAUAGAACGACGCAAUUAUACAGAUUAGUGUGAUUCGGAGCAAGACUUUCUUGGCUUUGCUUUUGCUUGAUCCGCGAACGAAGGCGCCGCGAAUUUGUAGAGGUUUCCGG